AUGAGUAAGGAUAUCAACCCCAUAUAAUUCACAAAACAUCAAUAUUCCCCAUAGAUUUAGAAAUAGAGUUUGUAAUCCCUCAAAAUAGUGGUUCCAAUUUGCAUUAUUUUUACAUUGUGUAGCAUAGUGAUUGCAUUCAUGUGGUACAGUUUUAAUGGAUUGAGUGAAUAUUUACUAUUGGGACUUAAUAAUGUAAUUUCUUACGUUAAUUCAAGGUAGCCAUAUUGAUAGUAUGUAUCUUUUCCUUAUAUUGGAGUCUUACAUUUCAAAUUGUAAGAGAUGUGAUCAAUUAAUAAGAGGGGUAUCCAUUAUCAACUAUCCCAUAUUAUCAUUCUCUUUUUACAUAAAUACUUUGUGCAAUCUAAGUUGCUUUGGCAUUAAGUUUAAUCUAAUAUAACUCAUAUAAUUAAUUUCUUUUAAUACUUCCUCUGACAAUUAUAGAAAUAUUUUUAUUACUUUAUAUUGCUAAUGUAAGUAGAUAAUUCAACAUCAGAGAAUAUGGAGUUUAAAGAUUAAUUGUUUAUGCUUCCUCUGCUAUUAAUCUUAUAAUUUUGGCAUUUGCUGCAUAUUAUCUUAAAAAAGUAUCUAUUUUAUUUAUUUAAGGUCAUUUCUUAAAUUAACUAUUAAAUGUAUUAAGUUUCUAGAACUAACAUAGAAAUUUCUUUAAUCAAAAUUAUUCUAUUGGCCUUUUUUAUAUUGACUAUCAUUGUUGCUACAUUUAAUCUCAGAAAAAUCAAAGCAUAUUUUGUCACUCUCAGUUAUAUUAUCAUUAGUCUUUGUAUCUUAGCAGCUUGUGCUAAUGGAAUGUUAGUCAGAAGAAUUCAAUCUUUAAAUUUUGAACUUUCUACUCCCAAUGGAUGUAGAUUUGCUAUGUAAACAAUAUCUGAAAUCAGUUUAAAACAUGAAUUAUAAUGCUCAUAAAAAUAUUUCCAUUUAGAUUAAUCUCCAUAUCUACCUUGUGAAUAAGAUUAAUAAACUUAUGAAUGGGAAUCUAAUACUAAUAAUAAAUUAGGAUGCAUUAAUUUAAAAUGUUGCAAAACAGUCUAAAAUUAUCUAUUUUCUCCUAUUAAUAGUCUUUGUAUUUCUAUUAAUUUGAUCAUUAUGAUUGGAUUAGUCUAGGCAUUUAAUGGAGCAAUGUUAUCAGAGAGCAUUUUUAAAAAAUAUAAAAUAAACAUUGUUGAUGAUGGAGUAAUUUUUAUUCUUUUACUAAUUCUUGCCAUCUUUGCUGUUUGUACAUACAAUUUUACACCUGAUUUAACUAUAAAAGUUCAACAUUCUCUUGUUAAGUAAGAUUAAUAUUAAUAUAAAAUUAGGGAAGAAUCUGUAUUAAAUUAAAUUACUAUCUUACCUACACCUCUUUAUAAAAAUUUUGAUAAAUAAGAAAGACUUGUUGGAUUUCAAAAUUUAUAAAGUUGUCAAUCAAUUACUUCUGUUAUGAUUUAAAAAAUAAAUUUUUAAACUGAUAAUAAUUAUUAGGGGUAUCAAUAUAUCAUUAAUUAGAAUUAUUUUAGCAAUAUAAGGCACAAAUGGACAAUUCACUAUUCUAAAUGAAGAAAAUUAUAUGAAUUUGUCUGUUGUAACUGAUAAUGAAAUUACAAAAUAAUUUUUUUAAGGCUAAACUAUACCAUUUGAUAGAAUAUUAAUAAAAGGAAAUAUUGAAGAAGCAGAAAAGUUUAUCAAGGAAAAUUUAUAUUUUUGUUCAGAUUAUCCUUUGAAUGCAGAUUUUGAAAUUUUAAAAGAGUUUUAUAAAAUACCAAAAAAAAGAAUUUUAGUAGGUAUCCCAAAAGAAACUUAAAAAUUUGCUGAUGAAGCAUUUAAAUUUUAUGAUGUUAAAAUCAAUAUUGAAGAUGCAACUAAUUUUUAACCUAUUUCUAAUAGUGUAAAAUUAAUAAUAUAUACAAGGAAAUCGAAAUUUAUGAAGGAAAGUACCUAACUUAAUCAUGCUAAAUAAUAAAACAAUUACAGAGACAUUUAUUUGUAUUAAAAACUGAUGAGAAUGGUAGUGUUACGCUAAAUAAACUGAGUCAAGGUAAUUCUUAUACAAUAAUGAUAUAAAAACCAGGUAAUUACUUUACAAUAUUUGAGAUUAUAAAAGAACAUGUUCAGUAUUAGAUUUAUAAAGAAGAAUACCAAAAACCAAUUAUAUAUUUAGAUUGACAAGUGGUAUUCCAAAGCAUUCUGUAAGAGUAAUCUUAGAAUGGUCAUCACGGUCUUUAAAUCUUGAUUUGUACGGAAUCUUUAAAGUGAAUGAACAUAUGUGUAUGACAGGACCAUUAUCAAAAAGUUGUGGAGGAAUGGAACAUACAUCCAUUACUAAAGAAGAUUAACACAUAGAAAUAUUAGAUCUAAAAUAAUUAGAACCUUAAAUAUAUACCUUAUUUGUUAAAAGAUUCUUAACUAAAUAGGAAACUUUAGAUUUGUUGCCUAAAUAAAGAAUAAAUUAGGAUUGGAUUGAUUCUGAUCCACAUAUAACUGUAUAUUUAAGUGAAUUAAAAUAUCCUUUAAUAGAAUUUAGAUUACCUUAAAGUAUUAAAUCAUAUCUUAUUUAGUAACAAAUUAAUAAAUGGAGAAAGUAGAUAUGACAUGGAUGGUAUUUUAGAUUGAUGGUACACAAUCAGAUGCUCCAAAUUCUAUACAAAAAAUGACUUCUGAUAUUUCAAACGAUGAAAUAAAAUCAAAUACUGCAUCAAAGAAACCAUAUUGGCCAUCCAUCUGA